CCCUAUCAGGGAGCUCAUCCAUUAGAAAUGAAUGCUGACAUCACAGCCAUCAAUAAGCUACAUUAGGCUGGGUUAAUCAGAUUGGAAAGAGUUCUUGGGCUUCCUGUAUCACUGACGCCUACCCACUGCAGCAGCAGCAACACAAGAGGCUCAUCCCCGUUCCUGCAGAACCAUCACACUACCUUCUGGAAGCUUCUCGUGCUCGCACCCCACACCUCCUCCCACUCCAGAAAUAAUUUCUGCAUGACUGUCACAAAGAUGUCAUGGCGCCCACAGUAUCGCAGCUCCAAGUUUCGGAAUGUUUACGGGAAGGCUGCGAGUCGGGAGCACUGCUUCGAUGGCAUCUCCAUCACCAAGAACGUCCAUGACAACCACUUCUGUGCCAUCAACCCCAAGUUCCUCGCCAUUGUCACUGAGACUGCUGGUGGAGGUUCCUUUCUAGUCAUUCCGCUGGAACAAACUGGCCGAAUUGACCCUCUUUACCCAAAAGUCUGUGGUCACCAGGGAAACGUACUGGACAUUAAAUGGAACCCAUUCGUGGACAACAUCUUAGCUUCCUGUUCAGAAGACACUUCAGUGAGAUUAUGGGAGAUUCCGGAAGGUGGUCUGAAGCGGAAUAUGACAGAAUCCAUUCUAGAACUGUAUGGACACAGUCGACGAGUGGGCCUUAUUGAGUGGCACCCCACAACCAAUAAUAUCUUAUUUAGUGCAGGUUAUGAUUAUAAGAUCUUGAUCUGGAACCUCGACACCGGUGAGCCUGUGAAGAUGAUAGACUGUCAUUCAGACGUUAUCCUCUGCAUGUCCUUUAACACGGACGGAAGCCUGUUUGCCACCACCUGUAAGGACAAGAAGCUGAGGGUGAUUGAACCACGCUCCGGCCGAGUACUUCAGGAAGCAAACUGCAAGAACCACAAAGUGAACCGGGUGGUGAUCCUUGGGAAUACAAAGAGGUUGCUUACCACAGGCGUGUCCAGAUGGAACACCAGACAAAUUGCUCUCUGGGAUCAGGAAGACUUAUCGAUGCCAAUAAAGGAAGAGGAAAUCGAUGGACUCUCUGGGCUCCUAUUCCCUUUCUAUGAUGUUGAUACUCACAUGCUUUACUUAGCUGGAAAGGGCGAUGGGAAUAUUAGAUAUUAUGAAAUUAGCACCGAGAAACCAUACCUCCACUAUUUGAUGGAAUAUCGCUCACCUGCUCCACAGAAAGGGAUGGGUGUGAUGCCAAAACACGGGCUGGACGUGUCCAUCUGUGAGGUGUUCAGAUUUUACAAGCUGGUUACACUGAAAGGAGUGAUCGAACCAAUCUCCAUGAUAGUGCCAAGAAGGUCUGAAACAUAUCAGGAAGAUAUCUACCCGAUGACACCAGGGACUGAGCCUGCACUCACAGCAGAAGAGUGGCUGAGCGGCAUGAACAGAGAUCCAAUUCUAAUGUCUUUGAAGGAAGGCUACAAAUCUACAAACAUUGCUUUCAAGGUGCCUAAAAAGGACAAGAAAAGUGUUGUAGUGAACGGAAUCGAUCUAUUAGAAAAUGUGCCACCUCGGACAGAGAAUGAGCUGCUCCGAAUGUUCUUCCGGCAACAGGAUGAGAUCCGGAGAUUAAAGGAAGAGCUGACACAGAAAGACGUGAAAAUACGCCAACUGGAAUUAGAGCUGAAAAACCUGCGAAACAUCCCGAAGAGCACCUGACCCGACAGGCACACACACCCUUCCUCAUCCCUCCAACAUAUCACAGAAUUAUCAGCAACCGUUACGUGCAGACUAUAAGAACCCCAAUCCUAUAGGACCUGUAAAAAAACAAACUCUCAGAAUCCUUCCCCACCAACACAAAAGAAAAGAUAAACUG